AUGAAUCGUUUCGGUGAUAUCGAGGUUUCAUUUAAGGAACUUCCACGUGUUUAUGGUUAUCAUGCUGAAAAGCUAGUUCCACUUGAAAAAGCACUAAAGCCUAUCGAAUCUCAAAUUGAUGAAUUGCCUCGUUUAAUAAACACAGCUAAACGACAUUGUCAUUUUCCGUCAGAACAUGGACUAACACAUGAUCAAUCAGCUGCAGUUUAUAUAUAUUCAAUGGAAUGGGGUGAUACCAAUUUGUAUCGUAUAUUGAAUAAAGCAUUACGAUCCGAAAAUCGACAAGCACUAAAAAUAUGGUUUCCAUACUUAAAAUUAUUUGAUACAGCAUUGGAUAAGUUACCUACUGUUAAAGAAGUAGUAUGGAGAGGUGUACCUCUUGAUAUUAGCAAGCACUUCACCAAAAACCAAAUUUUGACAUGGUGGAGUAUUAAUUCAUGUUCUUCAUCAGUCAAAAUUAUUGGAAAUUUCAUUGGCAACCGUAAAAAUGCAACUCUUUUUUUAAUUGAAGCUAUUAAAGGAAAAAAGAUUUCUGGUUAUACAGAGUUCAAAAAUGAAGAUGAAAUUAUUUUACGAAUGGGUUCACAAUUUCGCGUGGAGAGCGAUGUUUUAAAGCAACCGAAUGGGUCACUUCUUGUACAUUUAGUUGAACUUGAUGACAAUCAUGAUCAAUCAUUAGCGUCAGCUAUGAAUAAAACGCAACUAGCUUUAAAAUCAUCAAAUACAGAUACGUCAGUGAUUCCCAAUCUUCCAGCCAAUGCCCGAUGGGCACGGAAUGGAGUGACUGUUGCUGGAGGUCAUGGAUAUGGUAGUGCCACCAAUCAACUUUGGGGUCCUCAUGGUCUCUUUGUUGAUGAUGAUCAAACAUUAGUCAUUGCUGAUACGUAUAACCAUCGUAUCGUUCAAUGGAGGGCAGGUGAUACAAAUGGACAAGUGGUAGCUGGUGGCCAUGGGAAAGGAGAUCGAUUGAAUCAAUUGAAUGAGCCAACCGAUGUGUUAAUCGAUAAAGAGACAGAUAGUCUCAUCAUUUGUGAUCGAGAGAAUCGACGAGUGGUACGAUGGUCUCGUCGUAGUGGCACAGCUCAUGGUGAAGUUCUCGUCCACGAUGUUAAAUGUUGGGGAUUGGCCAUGGAUGAUCAGAGAUAUCUUUACAUUUCUGACUACGAAAAAGAUGAAGUAAGACGAUAUGAAAAAGGUGACUGGAAUGGAAUUGUCGUGGCUGGUGGCAAUGGUAUAGGUAGUGGUCUCAAUCAAUUUAAUGGUCCAACUUACAUCUUUGUCGAUAAACAACAGACUCUCUACGUGUCUGAUAGGAGUAAUGAUCGUGUGAUGAAAUGGGAUAAAGGUGCAACCGAAGGAAUUGUUGUCGCUGGAUAUCAAGGUCAAGGAAGUAGUCAGACACAAUUGUCGUUUCCUAAUGGAGUGUUUGUUAAUGCUUGGGGUACUCUCUGUGUAGCAGACUCAUGGAAUAAUCGAGUGAUAAGUUGGCCCCAAGGAGCGGCACAAGGCACUGUCAUUGUAGGUGGAAAUGGUGCAGGAGUAAAAACAAAUCAAUUCAACGGUCCCAUGGCUUUAUCCUUUGAUCUUCAUGGUAAUCUCUAUGUCGUCGAUCGGGGCAAUUAUCGUGUUCAACAAUUUUCUAUCUAA